UGGUAUUUUCUGUUACAUAUUUUACUUGAAUUGCAACGCUGCUGACGUGUUAUACGCCACGUUAGGCACUAACCAAGGAAUUAACUUUGUUAUUACUUAAUAAUAGUUUCUUAACAUGAAAGUGUGGACAGAACCUUUAAAAAACCUAUAAAAUUGAGUACAGCUGUUUUGAAACGAAGCGAAAACCAUGGUCUCACUCCAGCAAACAGUUGAUACUGCACAUGAGGAUAUGAUUCAUGAUGCUCAGAUGGACUACUAUGGGACUCGGUUGGCAACUUGUUCAUCUGAUCGAUCAGUGAAGAUAUUUGAAGUUAAGAAUGGUACUCAGAAAUUAAUAGCUGAUCUGAGAGAACAUGAAGGGCCUGUCUGGCAAGUAGCCUGGGCUCACCCAAUGUUCGGCAAUAUCCUUGCUUCUUGUUCUUAUGACAGGAAAGCCAUCCUCUGGAAAGAUUGUGGAGGAGAAUGGAAGAAAAUCUAUGACCAUGUUAAUCAUGAUUCUUCGGUUAACUCCCUCUCUUGGGCACCACAUGAAGUAGGCUUAAUGUUGGCUUGUGGGAGCUCAGAUGGUGCUGUAUCAGUAUUGUCUAGUUCAGGAGAUGGAACUUGGGAAACCAAGAAAAUCAAUAAUGCUCACACAAUUGGCUGUAAUGCUGUCAGCUGGGCUCCUGCAAUAGAACCGGGAUCAUUGGUAGAUCAAGCUCCUGGACAGAAGCCUAAACUUGUGAAGCGGUUUGUCACUGGUGGUUGUGACAACUUGGUUAAGAUCUGGAGAUGCAUGGAGGAAGAUCAAUGGAUGGAAGAACAGAAACUUGAAGCCCACUCUGAUUGGGUGAGAGACGUAGCUUGGGCUCCCUCUAUUGGCUUACCUCGCAGUAUUAUAGCCAGUUGUUCGCAGGAUCGAAGAGUGAUAAUCUGGACUAAUGAUGGGACGAAUGACAUAUGGAAUUAUAAAGUACUUCACACUUUUGAUGAUGUUGUUUGGCAUGUCAGCUGGUCUGUAACUGGAAACAUCCUUGCAGUAUCUGGAGGUGAUAACAAGGUAAGCUUGUGGAGAGAAACACCUGAUAGACAGUGGGUCUGCAUCAGUGAUGUUAAUAAAGGUCAAGGACAGGUCACUGGAAAUGUACAUUCUUGAGAAAGAGCACUUUAGAAUUGAGAAAUGUCUAUUUUUUUUUGCUUAACCAAUGUACCAAGAAUUGAUAUAAAUAUAUAUUUGUUUUUUCUCCUGUCAUUGUGAAA